GAGGAGCUACAAUGUGCUCGAGCUCUUCUUCGGCGUGUCUACGGAAGCCUGCCCAUGGACGAGAGAUUAAGGAUUUGCCGGGAGCUACUUCCGCCAGAAAAGCGCGACCGCAAGGCGCAUCUCCAAGUGGAUCGCGGGCAGGAUUUCCUGAAGAAUACCUUCACGGGACUUAUGAAGCUGACCGUGGAGGAACUUCGGAAUCCGUUGAGCAUCCGCUUCGCCGGAGAGGCGUGGAAGAGUUUCCACAACUUCUGGGUGACAGUGCUCUGCAUUCCAGUGGUGGUUUGGGCUGCGCAGAUCAGCUACCGUCUUCUUCUCGCGGUAUUUCUGCAUUAUCGGUUGAACACCAGCCGGCCACUGGUUCUUGAUCGCAUGAGCAUCUUUGUUGAUGACCUUCAGCAGCUCAUCCGCCAGCACUUCAACCAGAUACUGCGAAUUCGUCGCACGGUGCCUUCGAAGAUGGUUUCCAAGGUCCAGCUCGUGGUCCAUGUUCAGCCUGAGAGCUUGACGGUCCAGUCUGAUUCGGGUAACAGGAUCAGCUUGCAAUUUUCGGUCGAUGCAUCACAGCCCUGUGCUGCCACGUUUUUCUGGGGGGUCACGAACCAGGCAUGCCAGGAGCUGCUGCGUCGAGCAUCUGAAAGACGUGGUCCGGACGGCCUAGCUUUUCUGGAUCCGGAACGGGCGGCCUCCGUGUUUCCCAGCGGCCAAUAUGCCCAUCGAUCCACGGCAGCUUUUCCAGCUGGGCUUGGGCAGCCGGUGAGACUAGAUGAAGACUUGGCGGCGAUGCAGCGAGCCGGCUAUGAUCUCCUGCGAGCUGCAAUGCAGAGCGGUGGAGCAGACUCGGCAGACAACAGGAUUCCUCUUGUGAUCUGCACAGGGGCGCCUGCGAGUGUUCUGGACGACGCGAGCUCUGCGAACAUGCAGCUAACCUUUGUGCGCUUUCGGAGAGAAAGCACAUCCGGGCCCGUUCAAUGUGAAGUCCUCCGGCAACUGGUGGCAUCCAAAGACAUGUUCCAUCAGAUUUUAGGUAUCUACGGCUUCGAAGAGGGAGACCGAGAAACCGAGUGCAUGGUCUGUUAUGAUCGUCCACGGAGUGUUGUGGUGCUGCCUUGCCGCCAUUGCUUCGUGUGCCCCGCUUGCCUACGGUCCCUCCGCGAAGAGAAGUGCCCCAUGUGCC